CUGAAACAUCCAACCCUGUCAUCAGUCAGCUACAGCCUCUCAGUCCGUUGAGACUUCUUCCUUCUCAGUCCAUUUCUCCAUCGCUCAACUCUCAUAGUUCAAUGUGGCUCGAGAUGGCUAAUAUUCAGCGGAUUGUCAUUUCGCUGAUGGUCAUUUUGACCGCUACCUUCUUGUUCAUGGGACAGACAGCACAGGCAGCAAAAGGUCCUAAGAUCACCCACAAGGUCUACUUCGAUAUCGAGCACGAUGGUCAACCGCUAGGUCGCAUUGUCAUGGGUCUCUAUGGCAAAACCGUGCCCAAGACCGCAGAGAACUUCCGAGCAUUGGCCACUGGCGAAAAGGGAUUCGGUUAUGAAGGAUCAUCCUUCCACCGCGUUAUCAAACAGUUCAUGAUUCAGGGCGGUGACUUCACAAAAGGAGACGGUACUGGCGGCAAGUCAAUCUACGGCGACAGGUUUGAAGACGAGAACUUCAAGUUGAAGCACACGAAGAAGGGCCUGUUAAGCAUGGCCAAUGCAGGCAAGGACACAAAUGGGUCACAAUUCUUCAUUACCACCGUUGUUACAAGCUGGCUCGAUGGCCGUCAUGUCGUGUUCGGAGAGGUGCUCGAGGGAUAUGAUGUUGUCGAGCAGAUUGAAAACGUACCCAAGGGCUCGGGUGACCGUCCAGCCAAACCGGUCAAGAUCGUCAAGAGCGGAGAGCUGCCUGUGCCGCCCGAAGGUAUUCAUAACGAACUUUAGGAUUUGAGGGCAGGUACUGCUCUCGGAUUACUACAAAUCUCUGAAGAAGGGCUAAGACACAUCUGACAGAACAACCCAUCUAUUCGAACGUGCAUCCCGAGUAUAUGGAUGACGAUGAUGUGGACGGUGAACCGGGGACAAAAUUGCCAUCAGCGGAGGAUGAGAAUGAAGCACUGCCCCAGGGAUUGUCCGCAAUUGGGGAGUCUUCUAGUCCUGUGGAAGACCUCGUUACCCAGGCAUAUAUGCAGAAGGCAGUGUUCUUUCUUGUGAUCAUGCUGAUUGUUGUGGUCAUCGUGAAGAGACGCAGAUCCCCAUCCCAAAAGUUGGACGAUAAAAGCAUGGCGUAAGUAGAUAUUGUAGAGGAUAGAGUUGGCCUUUGGUUCAAUUGUCAAUUCUGUCUGCAGGGAUCCCUUGGUGUGUGUUCCGCGUCAGUAGACGGUCAAUUGGCAUAGAUACCAGGAAUCCACGGAGUACAUUACCGUCUAUCUUUUGGUGAUAAUAGCGAAAUCUCCUGCUCCUUGGUGGCAAUUGCGGUGCACCAAUACGGCAUAGGCUCGCUCUUGGC